AUGUCUUUCAAGAACCUCCAACAGCUUCUCAAGGAAGCAGCUGCUCAGGAACGCUGCGGCCGGGUCAUCUGCUACUCCUCUGGCAACCUCCAAAACCCUACAUCACGUUCGUAUCAUGAACUCAUGCAAGAAGCGCAACGCGCUUCAUGGGCUCUUCGUACGGCUACCUGCGCCCGCCACGGCUCUGCCGUCCUCCUGCAUUUUGACUCCCACUGGGACAGCAUCCUCUGGUUCUGGGCGACGCUACUGGCAGGCUGCGUGCCGGUCAUGUCCACCGCUCUUCCGAACAACACCUCUCUGCGCACGGCACAUCUAGAGCAUCUAUCGAGGACCCUAAACGGGCCUCUAUGCUUGACCCGUGCGCGUAUGGCGCCGGAGUUCAGCGAGCAGACGUGUAUCGAGCCCAUUGCAGUCGAGACAUUCGACAUGCAGACAUCCAGCAAGGAAGACCACGUCGACUCCGCGCCCGACGACACCGCAGUCAUGAUGCUCACGUCAGGCAGCACCGGCCGACCCAAAGCCGUCUGUCUGACCCAUGGGCAGAUCCUGUCUUCGAUCGUGAACAAGCUCUCCGUAGUGCCACUGCGAGGACCCUUCAUGAACUGGAUCCGGCUCGACCAUGUCGCUGCACUCACCGAGAUCCACCUGCCCGCCAUAUUAUCCAACAAGGACCAAGUGCACGUCCAGAGUGCGGAUCUCCUGGCCAACCCUGUCGAGUUCAUCCGCCUAGCCAGCGAGCACAGGGUCGCGAAGACGUUCGCUCCGAACUUCUUCCUGGCGACGCUUCGUGACGCACUGUGUGCCACCCAACAUGACAGCCCGAAGUGGGAUCUCAGUGGUCUCUAUAUCUUCUCCGGGGGAGAGGGCAAUGUGACGCGCACGUGUGACGAGAUUUCGAAACUGCUGGGCCGGUAUGGAGCGCCCCCGAAUGUCAUAGUGCCUGGGUUUGGAAUGACAGAGACCUGCGCCGGUGCGAUCAACAACACGAGUUGCCCCUGGUAUGACAUUGAACGCACGUCUGAUUUUGCGUCCUUGGGGACCUGUAUGUCCUGUAUCCGCAUGAGGAUCACCGACGACUCCGGCGGCAAUACCUGCGUGUCUCCAGGCGAAACGGGGAACCUGGAGGUGACGGGCUCUGCGGUGUUCAAGGAGUAUUUCAACAAUCCGUCCGCGACGGCAGACGCCUUCACCAGUGACGGAUGGUUCAAGACCGGAGACCGCGGACUUAUCGAUACGAAUGGCUAUUUGCAUCUUGCAGGCCGCCUCAAAGAGACUAUGAUCAUCAACGGCGUCAAGUAUAGUCCGCACGAGAUCGAGAGCGUCCUCGAUGAAUCAAACAUCCCUGGGCUGACGCCCAGUUACAACUGUUGCUUCUGCUCGUUUCCACCUGGCGCCGAAACCGAAGUCAUCUGCCUUGUCUAUCUCCCCACGUACCCUGAAGAGGAUAUACGCGCCCGCAUCCAGACAACAGACGCCAUCUCAAAGUGCAUCGUCAUGUUGACCGGGUCGCGGCCGGUAAUCAUUCCUCUUGACAAAGGUCUUUUGCAAAAAUCAGCCCUGGGCAAGCUGUCCCGCUCUAGUAUCAAGGCAAGCUACGAGAAAGGCGAGUACAAAGCCUACCAGGACACAAACAGCCAUCUAGUGAAGAUGUACCGCCAGGCUAUGCGGACUCCUCCAAAAGACGAACUGGAGCGCAGUCUGCUCGCCAUCUUCGUGGACUCCCUCGAGCUCAGCGAAGAAGAAUUCGACGUGCAGACUCCCGUCUUCGACCUGGGGAUCACCUCCAUCGACCUCAUCCGGCUGAAAAAGAGCAUCGAAGAGCAACGGGACAUCGACCAGGAGAUCCCCAUGACCACCCUCAUGGCGAACACCACGGUCCGCGAACUCAGCGCCGCGCUGCACGACCUCCAAGCACCGGGGACCUACAAACCGGUCAUCACCUUGCAGAACGAGGGCUCCAAGACCCCGCUCUGGCUCAUUCACCCGGGCGUCGGCGAGGUGCUCGUCUUCCUCAACCUAGCCCAAGUACAUCAAAGACCGACCGGUGUACGCGCUCCGGGCGCGCGGGUUCGGCGCGCACGAAACGCCCUUCGCCAGCAUCGAGGAGACAGUGCGCACCUACUACGCCGCGAUCAAAGCCAAGCAGCCGCGCGGGCCGUACGCCGUGGCCGGGUACUCGUACGGCACGAUGCUGGCGUUCGAGGUGAGCAAGCAGCUCGAGCAGGGCGGCGACACGGUCGGGUUCGUGGGGUCGUUCAACCUGCCGCCGCACAUCAAGACGCGCAUGCGCCAGCUCGACUUCACCGAGUGUCUGCUGCAUCUGGCGUAUUUCCUGGCCCUGAUGAGCGAGCAGCGCGCGGGCGAGCUCGCCGCCGCGUUCGCCGGCGUGCAGCCGUCGCAGGAGCGCGUCCUCGACGAGGUGAUGCAGAACGCGGACCCGGUGCGGCUGGCCGAGCUGCAGCUCUCGCGGCAGUAUCUGCUGCAGUGGGCGAAUUUGGCCUUUGCGCUGCAGAGUAUGGCCGUCGACUAUGA